AUGACAACAUAUUUCAUUCACAACUAUAUAGAAAUCUUGAAGGAGUGUGGUGGAAUGAACAUUGAGAAACAGAUGAAGAUUUAUACAAAGAGAGAAGAUAAAUAUGUAGUUCGCAUGGAUAGAACUACACCGCUAUGGGAUGUUAUGAAAACAUUGUGGGAGUGCAAAUAUUUCGAACCUAUUUCUUAUGGAGAACUUUUCACAUAUACUACUGACUUAUAUAAACAGAACCUUGCACCAUUUAAAGAUUUGACAUAUGCUCCAAAGUAUUGUGUACAACUGAAGAAGAAAGCCGAGUCAAAAGAAGUAAAUAAAAAUAAGUGCAAGUUCAUUCCUGAGCACGUUUUCUUUGCUGACUUUGAGUGCAGUACUGAUGGCUUUCAUAAAGCUUUUAACAUAUGUUAUGACAGUGAAGAUGGUUCAGUGAGUGAAAGCAUUUGGGGUCAGAACUGUGCAACAGAAUUUUUGGAGCGACUUCCUGACAAGAGUUUAAUAUAUUUCCAUAACCUCAGUUAUGAUAUAAACUUCAUCUUAAGACACAUGACAGAAGUGAAAGGAACUCCCAUCAUUAAAGGUUCACGAACAAUGCAAAUAACUGGCUUAUAUAAAGGAAGGGCAAUUAUUAUAAAAGACUCUUACAGUGUUAUAAAUAAGAAGCUUAAACUAUUUCCUGCUAUGUUUAACUUACAAACAGGACCGAAAGAAGUAUUUCCAUAUAACUACUACAGCAGUGUUUUGUUAGCAAAUGACAACAGAACUGGUGUCAUUUCUGAAGCAUGUAAGUUUGUAAAAGAUGCAGAUACAUUCAUGAAGAACAUAGAUUCCAUCAAAGGUUGCAGAAUAGAUGAGAACCACUUCGACUUAGAAAAAUAUAGCACGUUUUACUGCAAACAAGAUGUAAGAAUUUUAAGAGAAGGUUUUGUUAAGUUCCGCAAUGACUUAUUGAAAGAAUUUGAUUUAAACGUUUAUGACUACGUUAGUAUUUGUUCAAUUGCUAACAAAUUAUUUGAGAACAGAGUGUACUUCCCGAAUGGAAAUUUAUAUGACCUCUCAAAUAAACCAAGAGAAUUUAUUUCGAGAUGCAUUCAAGGUGGAAGAUGUAUGUUGUCAGAUAACAUUAAACAAAAGAGCAAAAAGAAACUCAUUGCUGACUUCGACGCUGUUUCAUUAUACCCUUCAGCAAUUGCAAGACUCUAUACUUUAGAAGGUAUACCGAAAGUAUUGAAGGAAGAAAUGUUAAGCACAGAGUAUCUCAUGAGACAUUUAUUCGAUGACGACCAAAAGGAACCCAUUGGUGAAAAGUUUAUGUCUGGCUUCUUUGUUCUCAUUAAGAUAACAGAGAUUGGAAUACAUAGACACUUUCCUUUAAUAGUUUGUGACCCUGAACUAAAUCCAGAACUUAACGUUCCCAGAAGUUCAAACACUUGCUGUUUAA